UGCCAGCACCAGCCUGAGCAGACCGACUGGGCAGACACAUGCAGUGGGGGAAGGAGACAGGACUAGACGUUUCACCCAGCAGUGAAUCCUGGGUCACCAUGGCCUACCUGAGUGCCGUGGUCCGAAGAACUGCCUCCCGCCAGAUGCCAGCCUCUGGGAGAAACAUCCGCCUCAGGCGCUUCAGCAGCGGGGCGGGCCAGACGACAGAGAAGAGCGUCCCUUACCACAAGACUCUGAAGGAAGAAAGCUCUCAAGGCAAAGGGCCGACCAGGCCGCUCCCGAAAUCCGCCAACGUCGUGGUGGUGGGUGGAGGCAGCUUGGGAUGUCAGACCAUCUACCACCUGGCUAGGAUGGGGGUGAGCGACGUGGUCUUACUGGAAAGAGACCGUCUGACGUCGGGGACCACCUGGCACACGGCCGGUCUGCUGUGGCAGCUGCGUCCCAGUGACGUGGAAGUGGAGCUGCUGGCUCAUACUCGCAACGUGGUCAGCAGAGAUCUGGAGGAGGAGACGGGUCUGCACACAGGAUGGAUUCAGAAUGGUGGGCUCUUCAUCGCCUCCAACAAGCAGCGGCUGGACGAGUACAAAAGACUCAUGUCUCUGGGUAAGGUCUAUGGCAUAGAAUCCUACGUCCUGUCCCCUGCAGAAACCAAGGACCUGUACCCACACAUGAACGUGGAUGAUCUUUAUGGCACACUUUACGUUCCUAAGGAUGGCACAAUGGAUCCUGCUGGCACCUGUACAACCCUCACCAGGGCAGCUAUUGCCAGAGGCGCUUCGGUAAUAGAGAAUUGCCCAGUGACCGGUAUUCAGGUCAGAGCCGAUGACCUGGGUGUGCAAAGGGUAACUGCGGUGGAAACAAACUAUGGGACCAUCCAGACUCCCUGUGUGGUGAACUGUGCAGGAGUGUGGGCCCGAGCCCUGGGCCAGAUGGCUGAUGUAAACGUGCCCCUGGUGGCUAUGCAUCAUGCAUACGUGGUGACGGAGCGGAUAGAGGGCAUUCAGAAUAUGCCGAAUGUUCGCGAUCACGACGCCUCGGUGUAUCUCCGUCUCCAAGGCGAUGCCCUGUCCGUGGGCGGAUAUGAGUCAAAUCCAAUAUUCUGGGAGGAGGUAUCUGAGAAAUUUGCCUUUGGCCUCUUUGAUCUGGACUGGGAUGUGUUCAUGCAGCAUAUUGAAGGGGCAAUAAACAGAGUCCCGGUGCUGGAGAAAACCGGAAUUAAAUCCACUGUCUGUGGGCCAGAAUCGUUUACUGCCGACCAUAAGCCUCUCAUGGGGGAAGCGCCAGAAGUCCGAGGCUUUUUCCUUGGCUGUGGCUUCAACAGCGCGGGGAUGAUGCUCGGAGGUGGCUGUGGGAAGGAAUUGGCCCACUGGAUAAUUCACGGGCGUCCCGAAAAGGAUAUGUACGGCUAUGAUAUCAGGAGGUUUCACCGCUCUCUCACCGCCAACAACCGCUGGAUCCGGGAGCGAAGCCACGAGUCGUACGCCAAGAACUAUUCAGUCGUCUUCCCCUACGACGAGCCGCUGGCCGGGCGCAACAUGAGGAGGGACCCCCUGCACGAGGAGCUUCUCCAGCAAGGCUGUGUGUACCAGGAGAGGCAUGGCUGGGAGAGACCCGGCUGGUUUAAUCCGCGGGGCGCAGCUCCGGUUUUGGAUUACGACUACUAUGGUGCUUAUAACCAAAAGCGCCACGGCUCCUACCUCUAUAACCAACUGCUAGGGGAUGAAUACACCUUUGAUUUCCCACCUCAUCACGACAUUAUCAAGAACGAAUGCUUAACCUGCAGAAAUGCGCUGGCUGUCUUUGACAUGUCUUAUUUUGGCAAAUUCUACCUGGUUGGUCCUGAAGCAAGGAAGGCGGCCAACUGGCUGUUUACUGCUGAUGUUAGCAAGUCACCAGGACUGACUGUUUACACGUGCAUGUUAAACAAAAGCGGCGGCGUUGAGAGUGAUCUGACAGUCAGUCAAAUCAGCCCUGGGACCCAGGUCUCUUCACUGACCCCAGCAUUUGAAGGGGAUGGCUAUUACCUGGCUGUUGGUGGAGCUGUUGCUCAGCACAACUGGUCGCACAUCACCACGGUGCUGCAGGACAUGAGGUUGCAGUGCAAACUGGUGGACUGCUCCGAGGAGCUGGGAAUGAUCAGCAUCCAGGGGCCGGCAAGCCGUAUGGUCCUUCAGGAGGUUCUCGACGCCGAUCUCAGCAACGAGGCCUUCCCCUUCUCAUCCCACAAGCUGGUGAAGGCAGCAGGAUGCACGGUACGAGCCAUGAGGCUGUCGUUUGUGGGUGAGAUGGGCUGGGAGCUGCACGUGCCCAAGCAGGACUGCGUGCGGGUUUACCGGGCUGUGAUGAAGGCAGGUGCCGGGCACGGCAUUACCAACGCCGGGUACAGAGCCAUCGACUCCCUCAGCAUUGAGAAAGGGUACAGGCACUGGCACGCGGAUCUGCGUCCUGACGACUCCCCCCUAGAAGCAGGCCUGGCCUUCACUUGUAAACUCAAGUCCAGCAUCCCCUUCCUUGGACGGGAAGCUCUGGAGACCCAGAAAGCAACGGGAGUCCUCCGGCGCCUGGUCUGCUUCACCAUUGAUGAGAAGGUGCCUAUGUUUGGACUGGAGGCCAUCUGGAGAAACGGCAAAGUAGUUGGACACAUCCGGAGGGCGGAUUUUGGAUUUGCCAUCAACAAAACCAUUGCCUACGGGUACAUCCGGAACCCAGAUGGAGGACCAGUCUCCCUGGAGUUUGUGAAGAGUGGUGAAUACAUGCUGGAGAGGAUGGGAGUUACCUAUCCUGCCACAGCCCACACCAAGUCACCGUUCGAUCCGGAGAACAAGAGAGUGAAGGGGAUCUAUUGAGAGACCGUGAGCACUCAGGACUGUGUGCACCAGGGCUGGUGAAAGGCUGAGGGAGGGAGGUGGAUAUUAACAGCUGAUUGUCCAGACUCAUGAAGGUAAAGCCUCUCCACUACAGUGAUGACUUGGCAUCUUCCAAAGCCCUCAAACCUGUCUUUGCAACAGGACCAUACCAUUGUGUCUGCUCAGACCCUGAAGAAUGCUGCACAUUCUCUCUGGCUCUGUCCUGGGGACUGCACUCUUUUCAUUGUAUUGGAAACAAUAAAGCUCACGGGGUGCUGAAAAACA